UGCUCUACACAGGGGCUAUUACUCUAUUACAGUCAGUACUAGAUUCUAGAUCUAGUCGAGAAUUCUACCUAAUUCUAGUAUUCUAGAUCUAGAUCUAGAUCUAAUUUUUAUUCUUUUCUAAGCUGUAAGAACAACUAGAUCUAGAUCUAAUCUAGAGUCUACAUCUAAUUGAGACAUGGCACCGAAGCGUCGAAAAUUAUCUCUAGAUGAGGCAGUUGGCAGAGAUAGUUGUAGUAAACGUUCGACUUCAGAGACUCUCUUAAGUGUUGCUAACAGUCAUUCACUUGAAGCUGUGCUGGUUACAGAUGAUAAUGCAGUUGAUAAAUCAUCUUUUGUAAAAACAUGCAGUGAAAUAUCUUUUGAUUUCAAAACAAAAGAUGACAAUCCAAAGCCAGUUAGAAUUAGUGAAAGACUGAGCAUCAAACGUAAUCGCGUAGGGGAUGUAGAGGAACCUGAAAAUGUCAUUCUACCCUUAAAAUCUCAGACAACACCAAAAAAACCAAAGCCUGCCAAGCAAGGAAAUAAGAAAGGUAAAAAAAAGAUCCGGAGACCAUGUGCACAGUGGAGUAUUCGUGAUAAAAAACUCUUCUUUCUUGGCUUGGAAAAGUAUGGCAGAAAUUUUGAAGCUAUCAGUAACAAAAUCUCAGCUGCUGCCAAAGUACGGGGAUUUCCAUUGAAAGACAAAACCCAAGUGCGCUACUUUUAUUACAGAAUUUGGGCCAAAAUAGCCAAGUUUAUACACAUUAAAGAUAAUGAUGUGAAGAUGAAAACUCAAGAGUUGUAUGGGCUCAUAAAUUAUGGCGUUUUGAAGAAACAUGUGAAAGAAACUGAUCCACAAUUUGAAAGAUGUCUCAAUGAAUUAAUUCAAUUUGGUGAAACUGUUUACACCAGUCGAGGGAAGCGAGGACGAGGUUUCAGAAGUGGGAAAAUCAAAACACCAGUUUGUACAUACUUAAAGAAAUUAAAUCGAAUUGAAGUACCUGAACCCUCAGAAAAUUACAAGAUGCCUAAUCAAAUGUUACUAGAACUAACACCUAAAAACAGUCAAGCAUGGGCCAAAGUUCAAGCUCUAUCACAGAAUCCUCGAGUUCGUAUGAAAGUUACACCUAACAGAACCCUAGAAUCAGUAUUCAAAUACCUAGAUAAGAAAUGGAAACCACACAGAGUGAGAAGGAAAGAAAGUUUGAAAUCUUCUGAAGCUGUCAAUGAAGAGUUAGUGUUUUUUUUGCAUCCUCACUGUAAAUUGACCCCAGUGACAAUUAUUCCACGAGAACAACCCAAAAUAGAUGUCACUUUUCGGAGUUAUAGAGAAAAUAUUCUUCCUACAUUGCAAAAAAAAAAAAGGUCAAGAAAUUCCAAAGAGUCCGAUAAAAUAGUUGAUGACAAAGAUAAACAAGUGGAGGACAAACCAGUUUCAGAAAGUUCUCAAGAUCCUGGCCCAUGUAUUAAAUCUGAGCAGAACCUCAUCAGUAUAAAAGACAAUGUAGAGCAGUCUUGCAAAGUAUCUGAUUCACCAGCUACCUUUGCUAGUUUACUCUCAGCUGUAGCCACAGACAUGAGCUCAUUUGUAGAAAAUGACCCUUCUCUUGUGAGUUCAACUAGUGGUCCAAAUGUGCCUGAUGGGGUGGGGCCAACACCUCCAGGGCCAACACCGCCAUCAGUAGUCAUUGAUGAUGAAAAUGCCAUGUUUCCUGACGAACCGCCUUUCUCACCACCCAGCCACACAUCAAUCAGCCACACAAACAAACCUUCUGAGCUACGAUCACCUCCACAAAAUGUUUUGUCACCCUCAUCAUUAAGUAAAAGAAAGUUAACCAAGUCAUCAAAAAAGCUGCAUAUUACAGAUGAAAUCAAUGCUCCCUCAGACAACUGUGAGCAGUCUGCCAGUUUAAGUGAUAAUUCUUUAUCACCAUCUAAAAAUGAGUGUCUAACUUCAGUUUCUGUUCAAGAUUUAAAAGAGGAAUCUGAACGUGAAGUAGUGAGAUUGACAAACUUAGCUGCCGAAGGCUUUACACAAAAGUCAUCCAACAAUGUAACUCUUCUUCACUUAAGUAUGAUGCUAGGACGUGAAAGUGUCAUCCGGUUGGAAUAUGAAUGGAGAGAGAAAAAUCCGCCAAAGAUUCAGUUGCCUCCCUUGUUAACUCAAGCAGCUAAUCAGAUGAGUAAUGUCUUACGCCGCUUGUGUAAUAUUGCUACUCUAGAGUUGACAGAUUACUCCAAGUAUCCAGAGAAAGGCUCAGACCAAAUAAAGAAUCCAAGCAAAAACAUACCUUGUGCUCACUGUGGGCGUGAUGGACCAGUCAAGUCUAAUCGCUCUAAAAGACAAAUUUGUGAGAGAAGAGAAAAUACCAAAGAUACAGGAACUAUGACAGAAUUGCUGAAACUAGAGACAUCUGGUAGCCAAGUACAAGGAUCUGUGUCGGAGCUGACAACAGUUGGGGGAACAUUCAUUGCUGGGCCCCCACCUGGAUCUGUUCAGAUCAAUGGACCUGAUCCAAUUUUUCGUGUUCCUUUAUUGCCCACUUACAAGAUUUCAAGGGAAGAUCAACUCAAAUUAGAGGAACAGCAAAGGCUACAACAACAAGCCAAGGAAAUCAUGCAACAAGCACCAAGCCCUCGGAGAUUACUGAAAAAACGAAUGUUAGGUCCCAGAAUUAGGAGGACACCUUCAAUUAUAGUUCAGAGAACUCUGUUACCAAAAAGUGAUACAGAGCAAGUUGUAGCUUUUAUUCAGCCAUCUCAGCCAUUGGUAGUAAAAGUAAGACCAGAAGAUUUCUUUAAAAAUGCUCAGCCUAUAAAUGUGAUAUCAACUUGUCAAUCAAAAGAGCCUUUCAAAGACUGCGGUAGACUUGAAAAUAGUAUCCAACUCCCCACAAAAUCAAUUGAGAAAAAUGUAUGUCCACUGAGUCCAGAAAAAAUACAAGUUGAGCAGAGUCAGCCGGAAUCAGUUCUGGCUUCAUUUUGUGUAACAAGCACCUCUACACCAUCCUUUUUUAAUAGUACAUCAUCACCUAAACAAAGCAGUCAGUCUAUUACAUCACAAGGAGAUAUUAGCAUGUCAGACUUUGAUAUAUCAUUAUCUGUUGUUGCUAGUUCUAACAUGGGUCCUGAUGCGGGUGACAAGUUCUUAGAUAUGGUUUUACAGAAUUCGGAGCAAGGUUUUUCUGGUUUGCUGGGCACACCUAAAAAAUCACUUGGCAUCGCGGAAAAUCAAUCAGAAUUUGACUCAACUGUUCUUGGCACACCUCCCCAUUCUGGAAUGUCUUAUCUUCAUUCAUCUGCCAACAUGUUUCCAUCACCAAUUAAAUUAGAUUUAUCUGACAAAUGGAUACCUUCAGAAUCACAGGAUGUUUCUUUAAGUUCGAUUUUGGGAGAAUCAUCUUCAUUUAAAACAGCAAGUGGCCAACCUGAGAAACCUUCAACCACAGUUUCCUCAUUGUCUAACUAUGCUGUGUAUUUUGAUAAUGGUUCAUCAGAUGUACCAGAACCUUCCAUCAUAGCAUUUAGUCAGCCAUCUCAGGCCAAAGAUAUUUCUUUAAGUUCUCUUCUGGGAGAUCCAAGCUUUAAAAAGGAUGAUUCCUUAUCGUCAACGCCUGUUAAAACUGGCAAUAUGUUUUCUGAGAACCUGCUAUUUGGUGAUGGCUCACAAGACUCUUUUGUCAAGCUUGAUGUUGAUGGUACACUUCAUGGAAUGGUGAAUGAGAGCAGUCUGGAUUUUGUUGGGAAAUUUGAAUCUUUAGCUGCUCACAUCUCAGACAGACACCAGCUAGAACAGAAAACUGACAAGUCAGAAAAACUUGAAGUAAUAGAGCAUGUGAUGAGAGUAGAGAGUCCAACGACUGAAAGUUGAAAGUGGCCAUACAAUUUUCUAGUAAUAUAAAUUAUUAUUGCUUCCAUGUUAUUAAAACUUGAUUGAAUUGCAAAUUUAUGUCAUUAAAAACAACAACACUUA